AUGGUCACUUUACAACGAUCUUCAAAUUCUCUGAGAAAGUUUUAUGCUGAGCGUCAACCCGCUAGUAACUGUUUAGGUUUUCCAUCUCGGAAAAAUAGCUCAUUUGUCAUUUGCAAGAGCUCGAGACUCAAAGAAAAUACAAACAGAAGAAAGCAGGGUGGUGGUGGUCGUCGUUGUCGUCGUCGUCGCUGUUGUUGUCGUCGUUGUUGUAGUCGUCGUAGUUGUAGUUGUCGUGGUAGUGGUUGUCGUAGUUGUUGUCGUAGUUGUUGUCGUAGUUGUCGUCGUGGUUGUUGUCGUCGUGGUUGUAGUUGUAGUUGUGGUUGUCGUAGUUGUGGUUGUCGUAGUUGUCGUCGUGGUUGUUGUCGUCGUGGUUGUUGUCGUGGUGGUAGUUGUCGUGGUGGUUGUCGUGGUAGUUGUCGUCGUAGUUGUUGUCGUAGUUGUGGUGGUUGUCGUCGUCGUAGUUGUGGUUGUCGUAGUUGUGGUUGUCGUAGUUGUCGUCGUGGUUGUUGUCGUCGUAGUUGUUGUCGUAGUUGUGGUGGUUGUCGUCGUCGUAGUUGUGGUUGUCGCUCUGCAUUGAUACUGCAUGACGACAACAGAAGAAACAAAGAUAAAACACUGAGAAUAUACGCUGCUCUCAUGAUGGAAGCUUUUCUAUUGAUCCACUCGAAAGACUUUCAGGUAUUUGGGGGGGAUGCAGUCUUUGUAGUAUGUUCAGUACCGAGACGACAAGGAGAUGCUUUCAUAAAAGGUUCACUAUUUGCCGUUCACUGCACUGAAAUCAAAACCAUUGGUGGUGGUGGUCGUCGUUGUCGUCGUCGUCGCUGUUGUUGUCGUCGUUGUUGUAGUCGUCGUAGUUGUAGUUGUCGUGGUAGUGGUUGUCGUAGUUGUUGUCGUAGUUGUUGUCGUAGUUGUCGUCGUGGUUGUUGUCGUCGUGGUUGUAGUUGUAGUUGUGGUUGUCGUAGUUGUGGUUGUCGUAGUUGUGGUUGUCGUAGUUGUCGUCGUGGUUGUUGUCGUCGUGGUUGUUGUCGUGGUGGUAGUUGUCGUGGUGGUUGUCGUGGUAGUUGUCGUCGUAGUUGUUGUCGUAGUUGUGGUGGUUGUCGUCGUCGUAGUUGUGGUUGUCGUGGUUGUAGUUGUGGUUGUCGUAGUUGUCGUCGUGGUUGUUGUCGUGGUUGUUGUCGUGGUUGUUGUCGUGGUUGUCGUGGUUGCUCUGCAUUGAUACUGCAUGACGACAACAGAAGAAACAAAGAUAAAACACUGAGAAUAUAA